UUCAACUUUAGCAAAUCCCCUCUCAAGAGCACGAGUUCAAAAAGCCAAACCUUUUUACUUCAUCAAAAUCUCCAAUGCAAAACCCCAUUUUCCAUGCAAAAUUCCCGCCAUUUUCCUCUCCCUAAACCCUUGCAGAAACCCCAUGUCUAUCCCUUUUAAAUCCCCAUCAUGGUUCUCCACGAGAAGGCUUUUUGAACAAAAGCUCCAAGACCUCCAUAAAUGCACCAACUUAAGCCACAUUAAACAACUCCAAGCCCAAAUAAUCAGACAAAAUCUUCACCGAGACCUUUAUAUAGCUCCCAAGUUAAUCUCAGCUUUCUCUCUUUGCCGCCAAAUAACCUUAGCUCUGAACGUUUUUAACCAAAUUCAAGACCCCAAUGUUCAUUUGUAUAACAAUUUGAUAAGAGCCUAUGUACAAAAUUCACAGCCAAGCCAAGCCUUUUCUUUUUUCUUUGAUAUGCAAUGGAAUGGGAUUUUGGCUGACAAUUUUACACACACUUUUGUUUUAAAGGCUUGUACUGAUUUGAAAAUGGUGGAAAUGAUACAUACCCAGAUUGAAAAAAAUGGUUUUUUGAGUGAUAUUUUUGUACCCAAUGCUCUUAUCGAUAGCUAUUCAAAGUUUGGAGAAAUGGGUAUUAAAGCAGCUUUGAAGUUGUUUAUGGCAAUGGAAGAUAGAGAUGUUGUUUCCUGGAAUUCUAUGAUAGGGGGACUAUUGAAAGUUGGGAAGUUGAGGGAAGCUAGGAAGUUGUUUGAUGAGAUGCCUCAGAGAGAUAUGGUUAGUUGGAAUACAAUUUUGGAUGGUUAUGUUAAAGCAGGAGAGAUGGAGAAAGCUUUUGAAUUGUUUCAAAAGAUGCCUCAGAGGAAUGUUGUGUCUUGGUCAACGAUGGUUUCAGGUUAUAGUAAGGCUGGGGAUAUGGAUAUGGCUAGGGUUUUGUUUGAUAGGAUGCCAGUUAAGACAUUGGUUCCUUGGACUAUAAUUAUAUCCGGCUAUGCAGAAAAGGGGUUAGCACAGGAAGCUAUUGAGUUGUAUGAUCGAAUGGAGCAAGAUGGACUGGAGUUGGAUGAUGGAACUGUUAUUGGUAUUCUGGCUGCUUGUGCUGAGUCUGGUUUGUUAGCAGUGGGUGUAAAAGUUCAUAAUUCAAUAGAGAGGCUUAGGUUUGGAUGUAGCAUUGCGGUCUGUAAUGCAUUAGUUGAUAUGUAUGCGAAGUGUGGUAGUCUGGACAAGGCAUGGAGUGUUUUCAAUGGAAUGCCAAAAAGAGAUGUGGUUUCUUGGAAUGCCAUGCUGCAGGGGUUUGCUAUGCAUGGCCGUGGGAGGGAAGCACUUCAAGUUUUCUCCAGAAUGAAGAAGGAAGGAUUUCAGCCUGAUAGAGUUACUUUCGUUGGUAUCUUGUGUGCCUGUACCCAUGCAGGCUUUAUUGAUGAGGGUGUUGAAUACUUCUAUGUGAUGGAAAAAGAUUAUGGGAUUGUUCCCCAAAUCGAGCAUUAUGGUUGCAUGGUUGACCUUUUAGGCCGUGGAGGGCGUUUAAAUGAAGCUUUUAGACUUGUUCAAACCAUGCCUUUUGAACCAAAUGCCAUUAUUUGGGGUACGCUUUUGGCUGCAUGCCGAUUGCAUAAUGCUGUGAAACUGGCAGAGAAGGUGAUUGAUCACCUUCUUAAAUUGGAUCCUUCAGAUCCCGGAAAUUAUUCCAUGUUAGCAAAUAUUUUUGCUGCAUCAGGGGAUUGGGACAAUGUUGCAAGUGUACGGCUUCGAAUGAAGAGCAGAGGGGUCCAAAAACCAUCAGGAUCAAGUUCUAUUGAAAUAGACAAUGAGGUCCAUGAUUUCACUGUAUUUGAUAAAUCACACCCAAAAUUUGAUGGAAUAUAUCAAAUGAUUGACAGGUUGCGAAAGGACCUUAAGCAAGUUGUACACCCUGAAGGUGCAACCUUACCGAUAGAAGUUGGUGAGGUGGUGAUUUAGAUGAUCACUGCUACAAGACUGUUUAAUUACAAUUUGCAAGCAUAUUAUAAGUUAUCAGUCAGAGUGGUAGGGGCACUCUUGUAAAAAGCCUGUAUUUUGGGAAAGUCUCAAGUUCUUUUUUCUACUACUUUAGUUGCAAACUGACCAAGGAAAGAAGUAAUUGACACUGGGAGAAUAUGAAAAGCAUAAGACGAUAGGUGUAGUGUGGACUAUGGAGCGAGUGGUUUAUUUUUUAUAUGAUUUUAUCUGUGACUUAAACUUAUUUUAUUGCCACCGUGUUACAUAUUUGUCCAAAUAGAUGAUAAAACAUUUUAGUUGAUACUUCUCCUUUUACCGUCCCAUGUUGUUAAAUGGACUUACUUUCU